AUGAUACUGUUAACAAGUCCAAAUUUUAAUUCAGGUAAUUUCCCACUACCUCCUAAUUCAAAUGGUUCUCAACCAUUAACUAUAAAUUCCAAUUUAAAUUCCGGUUCAAAUUCUGGUCCGUCUUCAAGUUAUGAAAAUCAAUCGAUGAUUAAUUUACCUUCAAAUAGUUCAAAUAAUUCUCAUUCAUCCAAUGGUAAUCAACAAUUUAUCUUAAAGAUUACUAAUUUACCAAAAGAUUUAACUACAAGAGAAAGUACCCUUAUUUUUUCAUUAGUUAUUGAUGAUAUUUUAAAAAUUGAAUUGAAAAAUGAAUCUGAACCCACUAUUUUUGCAUUUUUUAAGAAUUUUAAUAGUUGUUUAACAACUUUUAAGUUAUUAAAUAAUAAGUAUUUAUUUAAUGAUUCUCCUAUUAUAGUAGAAUUUGAAGAUUAUGAAGAUUUAUUGGCAAAACAAAUGGGUAAUUCUAGUAUAAAUUCCAAUUCCGCUCCAAAUUCCGCUAAUCCUGGCAAUAAUGGAGGAAAUUCUGGUUCGGGUAGAUCUAAAUUCUUAUUUAAUGAUCCUUUUAAUAAUGAAUUGGAUUUAAAUAUGAAUAAUUUGAAUUUAAAUCCGGUUAAUUUGAAUAAUUUUAAUUGGCAAGAUUCUCAACCUCAAACUCCAUUAAAUAAUUUGAAUUUUGAUUGGAAUCAAAAUAAUUCAAAUAAUAGAAGAACUUCUUCAGCAUUUUUCCAAAAUAGUUUUUCAAAUAAUUUAUUGAAUAAUUCAUUCUUAAAUUCAAAUUAUCCUUUGAAUUUAGGUAAUCAACCUUUGAAUCAAAAUCAAUCUUUGAAUCAAGGUGUUGCUCAACCUGUACAAAACCAACAAAAUCCUGUACAAAAUCAACAAAAUCAACCAAAUCAAGUCCAAAAUCAAAUUCCUAAUCAACAAGUUGCAAAUCAAGUACAAAAUCAAGGACCAAAUCAAGUUCAAAAUCAACCACAGAAUCAAGUUGCAAAUCAAUCACAAAAUCAAGUUCAAAAUCAACCUCAACCUUCUCAACCACAACCAUCCCAACAACCACAAUCUCAAACUUCUAAUGGUUCAUUAAAUGGUUCAGUACCUCAAUCAAAUUCAAAUGUUACUAGUCCUGUUCAACAAGUAUCUAAUAAUAUGGUAAGAAAAGAUAUCCCUGAUUUGACUUUAUUAGCCAGAGUUCCACCUCCAGCUAAUCCCGCUGAUCAAAAUCCUCCUUGUAAUACCUUAUAUGUUGGUAAUUUACCUCCUGAUGCUACUGAACAAGAAUUAAGAAAUUUAUUCUCCCCACAAAAGGGGUUCAGAAGAUUAUCUUUUAGAACCAAAACAACUAAUUCAACCAAUUCAACUCAUGGACCAAUGUGUUUUGUUGAAUUUGAAGAUGUUGCUCAUGCUACUAAAGCUUUAGCUGAUUUAUAUGGUAGAAUCUUACCAAGAUCUUCUAAUUCAAGUGGUAAAGGUGGUAUUAGAUUAUCUUUUUCUAAGAAUCCUUUAGGUGUUAGAGGUCCUCAAAGAAGAUCAAGUAGUAAUCAAGUAAACAAUGGGUUCAACUAUAAUUACCAUACCAAUAAAUAG